AUGAACAAAUUUGGGGAUCUACCUGGUAUUGAUUACAAUGGUCAGGAGGUGCUUGAAUCCUCAGAUGUUGAAGCGGAAGAUCAGAUUCAUAAUAGCUUACAGGAAGAGGAUGCCGAGCCAGCUAUAAACUUCACACAAUUGCAAACUCAAUUUUCCGAAAUUGAGAUCUCCAAUGACAAAUAUGACCUUUCUAGAAAUCCUUUGAAUUAUAAACGUUUUCCGCUUGGUACAAGAAAGGAAACCAAGCAUGAGAAAUUGGCAAGAAUAAAACGCGAAUUGGAAGAGCUCCAACGAGAGGAGCUGGAGGAAGGCGAGGACACAGACACAGACACAGACACAGAAUCCCACAAAGCUGAAGAUCUCCUACGAAUGUUUCAAGCCUUGAAUGCGGCACCAGAUAGACAAGUGUUCCCGAAGGAAGAAGAGCUUAAGAUCAAAGAAAUUCUCAUCCCGCCUCCUGAACCAACCAAAGCCACCCUGCAACAAAUUGCACAACUCGUGAGUCUCGAAAAUAAAUUACAUCAACUUGAAAAACAGUUGGGCAUAGACACUUCACUUCAGCACCCAGUUCAACAUUCAUUGAAUAGCAUUACCAGGCACCUUGAUCUCAUCAACCAUGCGGAUUUCAACCUCGAGUCCAUCAAGUCCAAGAUCGAAUCCACAGGAAAGGAAAUGGAAAAAUUGGAAUUGCAAAAGAGACUAUUUGGAUGGGAAGACCCACCAACACCCAAGACAGACAAGAUUGAUGAACUAUACAAGAUAUUACCAGAUUUGAAAAAGUAUUGUGGUAUUGCUCCUUCGAUUGCAGAGAGAAUAAAAGGGCUAAACCAGAUACAUGCUGAGUUGGAAGAGUCCAUACAUUUUUCCAGUAAUUUGAAUCAGUUUAUUAGUGACUUGGCACAGGAUAUGAAGCAUUGGGACAAAUCGUUGGAGGCAUUGAACCGCGGAUUGGAUACUCUGAUGGAAUCUUUCGAAACAAACAAAAGCAGACUUGAAAGUAGAUUGGGCGAGCUUGAGAAACGAAUGCCUAGGUGA